AUGGCCUUCACGGAGGAGACCGACACUUUCUUCUUGGCCACCUUCUUCCAGGGCUGUCUGCUGCCUGCGGGCCCUGCGCCUUCUCCAGCGCCUCCGCCAGGUGGCGCCCCUUGGGGAGCCCGACUUAGCUGCCUGCUCCGGAAGGAGGACACGUGGUUGUACGCGUUGCAAACUGGCGACGGGAAUACAACUGGAAACCCCGAGAACACGUGUCCGUCAGAGACACCAUCAGCUACUGCAGAGAUACCAGUGAGGGUGGAGUCCAGGAAGGUGGAGUCCCGCUGCUCCUGCCGCAGCAUUGUGCCACUCCACAGGGACUGCUCAACAGAGGAUGUGUUCGCAUUGCUCUUGUCCACCUGGCUGCACAAGUUCUGGGAUGCCCUGGACUUGGACAACUACUGCUUUGUCUUUGUGGGUCCCACAGGCACCUGGUUAAGGGGUUGGGAGGUUGGGGAGAUGGUGUUCAUGCCCAGCAGGUGGCACUACCAGGUCAGCAACCUGGACAAUCCCAUCUCUGUCAACCACAACUGGAUCAGGGGCUACAACCUGCUCAACAUGUAGCAUUUCCUGCAGCAGGAGUUCCACAUCAUGCAACAGGAGGUCAUCAUGAGGUCAUGUGCAGUGAUCAAUUCUGAAGAAUUUUACCACUUCCUGAAGGUCAUCUCUGAAAGGAGGAUCCUUGUCCUAGGGGAGGGGCUGGAGGCAGGUGGCAUAGCCACCAGGCUGGGCCCCCAGCAGUCUGCUUUCAAAGUUGGCCAUAUUGCAGAGGUGCUGGCAUCUGUGGUCGAGCACCCUGACAUUCAAAAAUUGGAUACCAGUGUGUUCUUGCCACCAGAGAAGCUGCUGCAGCAGCUGGAGGAGGCCAUUGCUGCUACUGUGUCUCUUUAG